AUGGCAACUCAAGAAAAAUUACAAAUAUAUUCUAGAAAUCCAUCAGAUGAAUAUCAAUAUCUUCAAAAAUCUACAUUACCUACAUUACAUUUUCAAAAAGGUCUCUUGAGAUUACCCAUACCUGACCUUGAAAAAACAUGCCAAAGAUAUUUGAAUGCAUUAAAACCAUUAUUAAAUGCCAACGAUUGGGAAAAAGUUAACAAUAAGGUUCAAAUUUUUAAAAGCACAGUUGGAAAAGAUUUACACGAUGCUUUAGUAUUAAAAGAUAAAAACAAUCAGCAUACAAGUUACAUAUCAGAACCUUGGUUCGACAUGUAUUUAAAAGAUAGAAGUCCGCUUCCGUUAAAUUACAAUCCUGCCAUAGUUUUAAAUCGAUCAAUUCAUAACGAUUCCGAAUCGCAAUUGUGCAAAGCGACAAAUUUAACAAUAUCUUCUCUGAGGUUUUUGAAAUCGUUAAGGGCAAAUAAACUUGUUCCAGAAAUAUAUCAUUUAAAUCCUGAAAAAACAGAUACUGCUCUAUAUAAUAAUUGUAUGGCACUUUUACCGCCUAAAAUUGCUUUAUAUGCUUCAUAUUUCAUGAAGGCUUAUCCUUUAGACAUGUCACAAUAUUCUAGUUUGUUUAACAGUACAAGAAUUCCCAAAGUGAAAAAAGAUAUUUUAGUUAAAAAUGAAUCAGGGAGACACAUUCUAGUUUUAAGAAAUGGACAUUUUUUUAAAGUUAAUGUUAUAGAUGAUAACGGUGAGACUGUUUCACCAGAAGACAUUUAUACUUGUUUUAAAUACAUAUUGGAUCAAAAUUUAGAUGGGAAUGAAAAUUCAAUUGGAAUAUUAACAACUGAAAAUCGAGAUGUUUGGGCAAAAGCGAGAGAACAUUUGUUAUCUAUUAAUCCUGAUAAUAGUCAUUCGAUUGAUGCAAUAGAUUCGGCAUUGUUUGUUGUUUGUUUAGAUGACGUUUACGUGAAUGAUAAUGUUGAUAAAACAAUGAGAACGUAUCUUCACGGUGACGGUUUAAACAGAUGGUUUGACAAAUCGUUUAGUCUCAUCGUAUCGAAAGAUGGUAUGGCAGCCAUUAAUUUUGAACACAGUUGGGGUGAUGGAGUUGCCGUUUUACGUUACAUUAAAGAUAUAUUUAAAGAUCAUAACGAAAAUCCAUUCGUGUAUUAUUCUACGAAAGUUGUAAAUAUCGAUUUAGACAGAUAUGUAAAAAAACUCGAUUUCAAUUUGGAUGAAAAGUCAUUGAGUGACGUAAGGAAUGCAAAAGAAAAAUUUGAUAAGGUUGUUGGCUCUUUAGGAUUAAACGUCGUUCAACAGGAAAAUUUAGGAAGGAAAAAUUGCGGCGCGUUAGAUUUAUCACCGGAUGCCGUGUUGCAACUUUCAUUUCAAGUUGCACAUCACAAAGCAUACAAUAAAUUUGUGUCGACAUACGAAUCUUGCAGCACGGCAGGAUUCAAACAUGGAAGAACGGAAACGAUAAGGCCGUGCACGGAAGCGACGAAAGAAUUUGCAAUAAAAUUUAAUAGUAAUAAUCGUCCGAGUAAAAACGAAUUGUUGAACAUGAUGAAACAUUGUUCGGAAGUUCAUAAAACAUUGACGAAAGAAGCUCUCAUGGGUCAAGGUUUCGACAGGCAUUUAUUCGGAUUGAAAAACAUUUCCGAAGAAUCCGGAUCACCUCUUCCGGAUCUUUUCAAAGACGAUGCAUACAAACUCAUAAAUUAUAACGUUCUUUCGACGAGCACUCUCGCUGAUAAAGCCAUUAAACUGGGUGGAUUCGGUCCUGUCGUACCCGAUGGAUUUGGAAUCGGGUAA